GCUUUGGCGAUGACAUAUUAUAUUAGAACUAGGGGUCUCACCCGUCAAACUUGAUUUUUCGAUUUUAACCCUAGCGUGGUCGAUUCCACAACCUAUCUCAAAUUCAUCUACUUAAGGAAGGUCCAAUUUCAUGCUCUUCUAAUUUCUUAAAGAUAGACGAGUUCAAAAACCCUUCUGUUAACAGAGAACCUAGAUCCUCUCUGACGGAGAACUCUAGGUAAUCAGAGCGCCCCAGCAAUCUCGUUCUCUACUUACAGGAGUUAUGACUAGAAGCAGCUUUACGACUGGACACGGCUUGAGAAAACUCUAUGAGGAAAGAUCGAAAUCCCUUGAAAACUCUCAGCCUGCAAUGGUUUCUUCCUCUGCUUCUCCAGCCAGCGAGGAGUGGGACAAUGUAAUUUCCUUUACUGGAUCGGCUUCGUUGGAAAAGGCCGGUCCUCUUGUUGGAUCCGUUGACGCCGCUGAAUCCAUGGAUGAGUAUUUGUUUCGUGUUUCACUCCCCGGUGUUACAAGGGAUGAGAAAGUCAUAAGCUGUGAAGUUAGACCUGAUGGGAGAAUUCUCAUAAAAGGAGAGAGCGCGACCGGAGAGAGCACGGUUUGCAAGCACAGUAUGGUUUUUAAGAUGCAAACUCAGAACUUAUGCCCACCGGGUGAAUUUACUGUUUCAAUCCAGCUACCAGGCCCAAUUGAUCAUCUAACCUCAGAUUGUGUUUUUGGAACUGACGGGAUUUUUGAAGGAGUUGUGAAGAAAAAAAAAAACAGUUGCUUUGAGGGGCAGUGACAUAUUUACAUCAAAAUCUUUCAUCUUUAUGGUUGGGAGAAGCCAAAUUUAGAAGACCAGGAGCAAUGCUCAGUUGAUUCCGGGACCUUUCUGCAGCUUUUAGCUUUAUUUGCAUCAUGCUUUAGUUCUUUUGUGUGUAUGCUGUCUUGUUCUUUCCAUUGUUAAGACUUAUGGGCAUGGCUAACCGAACUUAGGCACUUCUACUGAUUGGGUUCAAACUAAUAGACUUUGUGUUUUGUAUUUAAA